GUAAACGAGUGGAGAAGUGAAGUGAACGAGUGGAGAGAGCUACGAAACAUAAUAAAAUCCGGAGAAUUAAUAACGCAUAUGUGACUAAACAACAUUUAAUUCUUCAGUCGAGUUUAUUACUUCAUCUGAAGAAAGCUGAUAUACAGACAGUUGAAUGCAGAGACACAGCGCAUGUCGAGAUGAAGGCGUCAAUAAGAAAUGGAGAAUCAACACAGAGAGAAACCAGAAGACUCAGGAAGUUACUGAGGGAAGUUUAGUGGUUUCUUGCGUCACAGACAGUUUGCUGCUCUGAAGCUUCAGCCGGUGCAAAGAGAAGAUAUAUGUCUAUAUCUUCUUUCACCCUGGACAACAUCCACUGAUCCAAACAGUGAUGCACAAUGUAAUCCGUUACAGAAAGAAAUCCAAUCAGAGUUUCUGAAACAGCUGCGUGUUAAAUCUGAGUUAAACUGAAACUAAACCAUCAGCUAUUGUGCAGUAGCAUCAUGUGGGGUUUAAGAUCGGCAGUUCGUACAAAUUGUCAUUAAAGCAGGUCACACUUAUACACAUACACAAAAGACCUGCAUGUUUGAAGGGUGGUAAAGAGAAAGAAACCAUGAGAAGGGGUCGGAAAAAAGGAGGAAACAAAGAUAAGGUGUUCGGAUGUGAUCUGCAAGAGCAUCUGCAAGCCACUGCACAAGAAAUUCCUCAAGUGUUACGCAGCUGCAGUGAGUUUAUUGAGGAAUAUGGAGUCGUUGAUGGAAUCUACAGACUGUCGGGAGUCUCAUCCAACACACAGAAAUUGAGGAAUGAGUUUGACACUGAAGGACAUCCUGACCUGUAUAAAGAUGUUUAUCUGCAGGAUAUUCACUGUGUCAGUUCUUUAUGUAAAGCAUAUUUCAGAGAGCUGCCCAACCCUCUGCUCACAUAUGAACUUUAUGACCGUUUCGCUGAUGCGGUGGCUAUUCAACUGGAGGACGAGCGGCUGGUCAAGAUUAAAGAGGUUCUGAAGGAUUUACCUGCACCUCACUACAGAACUCUGGAAUAUUUGAUGCGCCAUCUGGUCAAGAUGUCUGGAUUCGCAUCUCAGACCAACAUGCAUUCCAGAAACCUGGCCAUCGUCUGGGCUCCAAACCUUCUCAGGUCAAAAGACAUUGAGUCCACCGGUUUUAAUGGCACCGCAGCAUUCAUGGAGGUGCGAGUUCAGUCUAUUGUAGUUGAGUUUAUUCUCACACAUGUGAAGGAACUUUUCUUUGGUUCAGGAUUGGCCACGGAGCGUCGGAAGUCCCUCCCCUCACCUUCAAUACUGUCCAAUCAGGAUGAACAUUUCUUUAAGUCGCUGCCCCUACACUGUUCAGGAAACUUGAGUCCUGGAGAUGGACCGCCACUCAUGCGGCCGUACCACGCUAUUAUUGAUGGCACUGACAAGAGAAAAGGCUCACUCAAGGGAAGAAAGUGGAAGUCCAUCUUUAAUUUGGGUGGGAGACUUCAAGAUCCACGCAAGAAGAACAAAUACUGCCCGAAAGAGAAAGAGACGACACCUCUAAGACCUGCCAAAAGUAUGGACUCUCUGAGCUCAGGGCCUUUUGCGGUGGAAGAUGCAAGGCAUCCUCCAGCUCGGGUCCUGACCUCGGGUCACUCAGAUGGCGGGGCUCCUGUUGGUGGAGGCGUGUCUAGUGGAUAUGCGGUGACGUACAGGCGCACGGGCGGGGCACAGGUGAGCAUGGUGAGCAGUGGGACUCCGGGCACUUACAAUCGCCUGGAUUCAGCGGGCGGAGCCGCUGGAUCCGAAAGCUCAUUGCAGGGCGUGUCCAGGUCACCGGGAAUGAACAGUAAAGCAGACCGUCGCGCCGGGAUCCACAUAUCCGGGCCUUUUUCAGUGACUGUUCCUCUUCACAUAACGUCCGGGUUGGCUCUGGGUGUGCUGCACGGGGGCUUGUCCGAAAAGGAACAAAGCGCGCAGGGAGAGGCUGAUAAAGAACAACUUGGAGCGGAGGAGGAUGCGGGCAUGUGCCAGGACGUCAAGGGUGCAGAGUCGCUGUCCACUGAUGCGAGCAAAACCGAUAACGAUGAUGUUAAAGAGAACAGAGGAGACAUGGAAGGUCAGGGGGAUUGUGGGAGGACGACAACGCAGAUUGUAAAGGAGAAGGACACACUGGAUGAGGCAGGUGCACCAGGAGCUAAAGAAGAAGUGAAGGCAGAUAUGAACCAGGAUAAGAAGACUACAAAGGAAAAUAUAACACCUCUGUUAUCACAGACGUCCGCAGAGGAGGAAUACAUGGAUAUGAGAGGACACCUCCAUCAAAAUCAGAUUAUAUCUGUAGAUCUGACAGAGACUGAUGAGUUAUCUGAGCAGGAUGUUCAAGAAGCCUUUGGGUUUUUGGAUUUGAUGGACAGCUGUGCUUCAAAGAUGGAGUUUUCAGUCGAGCCGCCCUGUUUUGAAGAGGAGGAAGAGGAGGUUGAAGACACAAACAAUCAAGCUGUUUCCAGCUCAGUGCAGGAGAGCAGGGAUGACAUCAGCAUUCCUCUAUUCACACACAAGCCCCUUCCUGGAAAAUCACACAGCUUACCUUAUAAGUCCCACCCCUUCAUGCCUGCCCUGUCAUUAUCAUCUGAUGAUGAUUACAGCCUUGAGGAAGAUGAUGAUGAUUCUGAUUCUGAUAAAGGUUCUGAAUACGAGGACAUGUUUUGUCAAAGUGUCCCAUCCAAUGUUCAUUUUUAUGGAUUAAGUGUACAAACCGCUACCUGUGACAUAGACGAUCUCUCCGACAACCAAUCGAAAUGCUUAGAUGAAUCGCAUUUAAUACUUUCUCAGAAGGGCGGUGAAGAUCUCCAAUCCAUUAGCCAAUCAGAAGACACGAGUCUUAUAGUUGCUACAUCAACAGAUGACAGUGGAACAGCAGGUGGCGCCUCAGAUCAGUGCUUUAUUGACGAACAUCUUAGUAAAGAUUCAAAGUUGGAGGAUCUUUAUGUAGAUAACAAGAAUGAAGAAAGCAAAUCAGAAGAUGUGAAAAAUGACACGCACACAAUGAUUGGAGAAGAUUGCCUUGAGAGUUCAGACAGCGAAGAGGACACAUAUUUCGGUCCAGACCCCGUACCCCUUUCAUUGGAGCCCAUCCAGGCCGAGAUGACCAACGUCAGCGUCCAUGAGCCUGAUCAAGGACAGUUUCCAGGUGUAGAGGUUCAGGAGGUGCUGCAUACUGAAACUUACACAGCGAUUGAGAUCAUAGUCACUGAUUCUGUCACCGAUGAUGUCACCAAUUCUGUCAACGAUGAUGCCACUGAUGACGUCACCGAUGACGCUACAGUUGGUGUCACUGAUGACGCCACAGUUGGUGUCACUGAUGACGCCACAGAUGGUGUUACCGAUGAUGUCACCGAUGAGGUCACAGAUGUCGUCACUGAUGACGCCACAGAUGUUGUCACCGAUGAUGCCACCAAUGAUGCCACUGAUGACGUCACCGAUGACGCCACAGUUGGUGUCACUGAUGACGCCACAGAUGGUGUUACAGAUGACGUCACCGAAGAGGUCAAAGAUGACGUCACUGAUGUUGUCACCAAUGACGUCACAGAUGGUGUCCCAGAUGAUGUUACCGAUGACAUCACAGGUGAGGCCACUGCCACAGACUCCACCUCACUGGCCGCUCAAGAGGAAGUGAAGAUUGAUCAACCACCAGAGGAAGAAAACGUGAUUUUUCAUGAAAGAAAAAUCACUGAGGACGAGGAGGGAAUGAAGGAACCAAAAGAAGACGAAACAGAGGAUGAAGAGAAAAGCAAAGGAACAGAAGUAGUUCAGGAGACAGAAGAGUGUUUGAAUGACAUCGCUGAAACAGUUGAAGAUGUAGAAGAUGAAGUAGAAGGUGAGGAGGUAGAGGAACAAGCACAAACACAUAAUGAAGGAGACGAUAUGGAGAACACUUUAGAGGAAAUUGAUAUCAAAACAGAAAGUGAUGAAAGAAACAUUAAGGGUACUGACGAAGAGUUAGAUGUAAAUACAGAUGCCGAUUUUGAUGAGGGAAAUCUUCCUGAUGAAGAAAUAACUGAGGAGAUAGCUGAAGGAACUUCGUGUAGAGAUGACCACGAACAGACCGCAGCUGUGCCUCAACCAAAUGAGGUAUCAUCUGAAAAAUCAGAGGAAGGUGAGGUGGACAAACAGGUGAAUGAAGAAUCAUCUAUCAUCUCAGACGAGGAACUGCCACAGACAGCUGAACACCAUCCCAUUCCAGAGAAAGAGAGUGAAAUAACUGCUCCUAACCAAGCAUCCAGUCAGAUACAGAGAUCUGUACCUGUCGUCCCACCCAAACCUCAAAACUCCAAACUUACAGCUCUCACGCUCAGAAAACAGUUUAAGGACAGAGACACAGAGAGGCAGCACAGAUACUCAGAGCUCAUGGAAACAGACGGGCAACACGACCACAAAGGACAACAACAGCACAACUGUGUUAAACAAGACGAAAGCGAGGAACAACACAGUGAAAAAGAGCACAGAGAUCAAUGCUCUGACAGAGAGACAGAACACAGCCAACAGCACAGAGACACAGAGCAAACGGACACGGGAACGGUAGAAAACGGUAAAAAAUGCCUAACCGAUAUAAGUCAGGAAGAUGGGAAAAAGGCUCUGAGAGAAAGUCUGGGUACUGGGGAUGCUGGGACAGAUUUCAGAAAAGAUCUUCACAGAGAAGGAGAGAGAGAGGUGAAGAGGAACAGCGGUAUCAGUAUCUGUUUCGAUGAAGCCGUCGCUCGGGCCACAGUGAAGAGGAACAAAGACCGAGAGAGUUCAGACCGACUGUCAGGAGCUCAGUGGGAGAGAGACAGCAGGAAAGAGAGAGAGAAACAAAGAGAGAAAGAUGAAGAGGCCAAAACUGACUAACAGCAUUCAAAUCAAGAAAUUUAAAGGAAAUGUGAGAAAUAUUAUGUGCAAAAACAUUUCACACGACCUUUUUUUAAUAUUCUACUUACUUUUAAAUAUUUUCUAAGAAAUGUUUUUAUAUGGGAAUAAAGCGGUUGUAUAGUUCAUAUGAUUUGUACCUUAUAGUCUUGUUCUAUUCAUGUCGGUAUUCAUAUAAAAUAAACCUGUUGUUUACCAGUCAGACACAUUUAAGUCUAAUGUUAAAUGUGUUCUCACAGAAAAAAUUGAUAUUAAGUCAAAUUUGAAUGAUAAAAAAGGCAAAUGAAAGUUAUCAAAAUCUUGGAAAGCAGGGGAGGAUUAUCUGCUCUCUACUGGUGGGGGCGUGUCCACUGGCUGAACUGAAACCACGCCCACCCGUUGGAAAGCCACCAUCUCAUUCAAUUUUUUAAAAUUCUGCUGCAACCUAAAUGGAUACUCACAAUUGUGUUAGGGGCGGGGCCAUGCUCAGUGGCUCCAGUGUGUCAUCGAGCCACCGUUUUAGCCCCGCCCAAAUAAUCCUGAACACAGAAAUGUGGAAAACUGUUUAACUGUGUAACUCCAGAAGUCAGUACUACACAGUUCUCAAUCUUUGUAACGUGUUUCAGCAAUACAUUUCUAACAUUUAUAAUGUGUUUAGAAACAAUUCUCUGAAAUGACUUUACACGGACUUUAAUAAAUUGGUAUCGGUGUUCAUUUCAGACAGACAGUCAGGACUGUGAUGGUUUCAUGUUUUGUGUUCAGUGUUCGUUCGGUUCAAAGUGACACAACACAGAAAACAAAAUGAACACAAGCCUCGGUCUAGACCAAACAUUAUUAAUAAAUGUAUGAAAAUCUUAUCAACAAGCAUUCAACACACAUCUUUUGUCAAGUAAAUAAAUAAGUAUUUCAUGUA